AUGGCAACCACUACACACUACGACGCAAUAAUAAUCGGCUCAGGCCAAGGCGGCACUCCCCUCGCAAAGGCAUUUGCCGAAGCCAAAAAGAAAACCGCACUGAUAGAGAAAGAACAUAUCGGUGGCUGUUGCGUUAACGAAGGAUGUACGCCCACGAAAACCAUGAUUGCCUCCGGUCGUGUCGCGCACUUGGCGCGUCGGGGUCCGGAUUACGGUGUUCAUAUAUUUGGGCAUAGCGGACCGAGAAACCAGAUUGCGGUUUCGAUGAGUAAGGUUAGAAAGCGAAAACGCGAUAUUGUGAGCUCUUUUCGCGGCGGGAGUGAGAGGGGUUUGGACGCUUCUGGGGUCGAGGUUAUCCGUGGGGAGGCGAGGUUUGAGGAUGCAGGAAGUGUUAAGGUGGUUAUGUCGGAUGGAAGUGAGAAGUUGCUCCAAGGAGAGAUAGUUAUUGUUAAUGUUGGUUGCCGACCUGCUCCCCCCAGUCUUAAGGGGUUGGAUAUGGUUAGGAAGGAACGGAUCUUAGACUCCACGUCUAUUCAGGAGUUGGAUGAGCUCCCGGACCAUUUAGUGGUCGUUGGGGGCGGGUAUGUUGGAGUCGAAUUUGGACAGCUCUUCGCCAGGCUCGGGUCGAAGAAGGUGACUAUUGUGCAUCGCGGAGCGCAGCUGCUGUCCCGUGAAGACAAAGAAUUGGCGGACGAGCUCAUGGAUAUCCUCCAGACCGAAGGGGUAUCUGUUCACUUGGAGGCAACGCCCACCGAGGUAUCACCUUCCCCUGAGAAGGCAUUCAGCCUGUCCAUCAAAACCGGAACUGGGAACGAGACUAUCCCCGGUGUUACGCAUAUUCUUUUCGCUGCCGGCAGGAUACCUAACACGGAUGUCCUAAAUACCAAGGCUGCGGGAAUAGAAACCGAUCAGAAAGGGUACAUCAAGUGUAAUGAAUACUUGGAGACGUCAGUUCCUUCGAUCUACGCCUUAGGUGAUGUGAAGGGCCCUCCCGCAUUCACUCAUAUAUCAUACGAUGAUUCCCGCAUUCUGAAAGCUUCUCUAGUGUCAGAACCAAUUUCACAUGCAAGACCCUCCAUCAAGGACCGACUCGUGCCCUAUGUGGUAUACACAGACCCUCAACUGGGCCACAUUGGGUUGCAUGAGAAGGAGGCACGAGACCGGUAUCCAGGGUUGAAAAUCACAACAGCAGUAAUGCCGAUGAGCUAUGUCGCCCGAGCAUUAGAGACGGAUGAAGCGCGAGGCAUGAUGAAAGCAGUCAUUGACGCCGAAAGUGGACAGAUUCUGGGGUUUACAUGCCUCGGUACAGAGGGUGGAGAGGUGAUGAGUAUCGUCCAGAUGGCUAUGAUAGCAAAACUUCCGUACCAGAAACUACAGGAUGCUGUUUUUGCGCAUCCGGCAUAUGCAGAAAGUCUGAACAACCUGUGGGGCUUUUUAAAAUAG